AUGUCUACAACAGAGAACACAAACCAACAACAAAUCAACUUUCCUGCUGAGGAAGAAAAGAUUUUAGAAUUCUGGAGAGACAUCGAAGCGUUUCAGACGCAGCUACGAUUAUCCGAAGGAAAAAAACCUUAUUUGUUUUAUGAUGGUCCUCCUUUUGCUACUGGAUUACCACAUUAUGGGCAUUUAUUGGCAGGGACUAUUAAAGAUAUUGUGACGCGUUAUGCUGCACAGACUGGCCAUUAUGUGGAACGUCGAUUUGGAUGGGAUUGUCAUGGCUUGCCUGUAGAAUAUGAAAUUGAUAAAAAAUUAAAUAUCAAGGGCAAAGAUGACGUAUUAAACAUGGGAAUUGAUAAAUAUAACGCAGAAUGUCGAAGCAUAGUAAUGCGAUAUUCUGAAGCAUGGCGACAAACAGUCGAACGGCUCGGUCGCUGGAUCGAUUUUGAUAACGGCUAUAAAACACUAAACACUACAUUCAUGGAGAGUGUUUGGUGGGUUUUUCAGCAACUUUAUAAUCGGAAUCAAGUAUAUCAAGGUGUAAGGAUUAUGCCGUAUUCUACUGGAUGUAUUACCCCAUUAUCGAAUUUUGAAGCUGCACAGAACUAUAAGGAUGUAAAUGAUCCGGCGAUUGUGGUUUCAUUCCCAUUGGUAAAUGAUCCGGAUACUCUACUACUUGCAUGGACCACCACACCAUGGACAUUACCCAGUAACCUAGCACUAUGUGUACACCCAGAUUUUGAGUAUGUCAAAAUCAAAGAUGAACUCACCGAGCACACAUAUAUCCUCUUAGAAAAAUGUCUUACUGUUUUAUAUAAAGAUGUAAAGAAAGCAAGGUAUAAAGUCCUGGAAAAGAUUAAAGGAAAUGAUAUGAAAGGAUGGAAAUAUGUUCCAUUGUUUGAUUAUUUUGUUCCUCAGUUUAAAGAUAAAGCAUUUGUGGUUUUAAACGAUAACUAUGUUACCGAUGAUACUGGUACCGGUAUUGUGCAUCAAGCUCCCGCCUUUGGUGAAGACGAUUACCGUAUUUGUCUAGCGAAUGGAAUUAUCUCUGAGGAUGGUCCGUUACCUUGUCCUAUUAAUGAACAAGGUAUAUUUACAAACGAGGUCACAGAUUUCGCCGGGCUUUAUGUUAAGGAUGCAGACAAAAAUAUACAAAAAGAAUUGAAACAACGAAAAAGAUUGAUCAUACAAUCGAAUUUAAUGCAUAGUUAUCCAUUUUGCUGGCGUUCAGAUACCCCGUUGAUAUAUAAAGCAGUACCCUCUUGGUUUGUCCGUGUUAAGCCAAUUAUUGAAAAGUUAUUAAAGAACAACAAAGAAACAUAUUGGGUUCCUGAUUUUGUACAAGAGAAACGGUUUGCAAAUUGGAUCAUUAAUGCACGAGAUUGGAAUAUUUCACGAAAUAGAUAUUGGGGUACACCAAUUCCGUUAUGGGUUAGUGAUGAUCUGAAAGAGAUUGUAUGUGUGGGAUCAUUAAAAGAACUUGAAGAAUUAUCUGGCUGCGAAAAAUUAACAGACAUACAUCGUGAAAAUAUCGAUCAUAUCACCAUUCCCUCAAAACAAGGUAAAGGCCAGUUAAGAAGAAUAGAGGAAGUGUUUGAUUGUUGGUUCGAAUCCGGCAGUAUGCCGUAUGCACAAGUUCAUUAUCCGUUUGAGAAUAAAGAAAAGUUUGAAGCUUCUUUUCCUGCAGAUUUCAUUGCCGAAGGUUUAGAUCAAACUCGUGGCUGGUUUUAUACAUUAAUGGUGUUAUCGACGCACUUGUUUGAUAAACCGGCAUUUAAGAAUUUGAUUGUCAAUGGAUUGGUUUUGGCAUCUGACGGAAAGAAAAUGAGUAAACGUCUGAAAAAUUACCCUGAGCCUUCAAAAAUUAUUGAUUCAUACGGAGCUGACGCAUUAAGGUUAUAUCUUAUAAAUUCGCCAGUUGUGCGCGCCGAACCUUUGAAAUUUAAAGAAGAAGGUGUAAAAGAAGUCGUCACAAAAGUAUUUCUACCAUGGUAUAACGCCUAUCGCUUCUUUAUUUCUCAAGUAGUUUUAUUAAAAAAGGAAACAGGAAAAGACUUCCAAUACAAUCCAACAGCCAAAAAAUCGACAAAUGUAAUGGAUCAAUGGAUAUUAGCGUCAUCGCAAAGUCUCAUCAAGUUUGUUCGAGAGGAAAUGGCCGCCUACCGAUUGUACACUGUUGUUCCAAGAUUAUUACAACUCAUUGAUGAGUUGACUAAUUGGUAUGUGAGAUUCAAUCGAAAACGACUAAAAGGUGAAUACGGACCGGAAGAUACAAUUGAUGCUUUGAACACACUUUUUGAAGUUUUGUAUACGCUGUGUCGUUCAAUGGCAUCAUUUACACCCUUUAUCACUGAGAUUAUAUAUCAAAAUUUGCGUCCGUUUUUAUCAGCACUCGAAAUUGAUCAAGAUGUGCGAUCGGUGCACUUUUUAUCAUUUCCGGAAGUGCGCGAAGAAUAUUUUGACACGGAAAUUGAACGUCGUGUCUCGCGUAUGCAGGCUGUGAUUGAGAUGGGACGGUUCAUUCGAGACAAAAAGAGUAUCGGGUUGAAGACUCCUUUGAAAGAAUUAGUAGUUGUGCAUUCUGAUUCUCAGUAUCAUUCCGAUGUCCUAUCUUUAAAGAGCUACAUUGUUGAAGAACUAAACAUCAAAAAUCUAGUAGUAACCUCAGACGAGAACAAAUACAAUAUAAAAUAUCGGGCCGAAGCUGAUUGGAAGACCCUUGGUCAAAAAUUAAAAAAAGACAUAGUCAAAGUGAAAAAAGGUCUUGAACAUGUCACAUCAGAACAGGUUAAAGAAUUCCUACAAACCAAAGAGAUGAUGAUCGACGGAAUAAAAGUCAUCGAUGAAGAUUUACAAGUUAUUCGAUAUUUUGAUGCCAGUAGUGAGAAGGAGGGCAGUAGUCAUUAUGAAACUAAUACAGAUAAAGAUGUGCUGAUCCUUUUAGAUGUGAGAGAGUAUUCCGAGUUACAGGAGGAAGGGUGGGCACGCGAGAUUGUUAAUCGGGUGCAACGGUUAAGAAAAAAGGCCGGAUUGCAACCAACCGAUCCGGUUAUUACAUACUAUCGUUUUACUAAAGAUCCCAGUAACCAGAUCGAACGCGUCCUACAGACCCCGGCAGCCGAUAUUAUCAAAAAAACAUUAAAACGGCCAUUAGUCCCACAUACAGAAAGACUAAAACUUGAAAAUAGGGAACUUGGUAAUGAAACUAUCAUUGAGGAAGAACAAGAGGUGAAUGAAUCGACCUUUAUUCUUACACUUGUGAAAGAUUGGUGA